GAGAGACCUGGAGCCCGCGUGGACGUGGUGCCCUCAUUCUUCUGUCCCGGUGGUUCGCUCACCUGCGGCUAAGGAGGCGGAACAGGACAGGUGGUUGAGCCAGUCUCUAGCUGAAGGUUGCGGGGAGACAAGGGGGGAGAGGUGAAGACGAAAGUUUCAGCCAGAGCACCAAGUACCUUUCCUCCCAGACCGGUUGGAGCUGGAGAUAGGACCUUCAGUGUGAGCAAACCAAUAUGUCAGAGUGGGAAUCCUACUACAAAACUGAGGGCGAGGAAGAGGAAGAGGAGGAGCAGAGCCCCGACACAGGUGGAGAAUAUAAAUAUUCAGGAAGAGACAGUUUGAUUUUUCUGGUUGAUGCCUCCAGGGCUAUGUUCGAAUCUCAGGGUGAAGAUGAACUCACACCUUUUGAUAUGAGUAUCCAGUGUGUCCAGAGUGUGUACACCAGUAAGAUCAUCAGCAGUGAUCGGGAUCUUUUGGCAGUGGUGUUCUAUGGUACCGAGAAAGACAAAAAUUCAGUGAAUUUCAAAAAUAUUUAUGUCUUACAAGAUUUGGAUAACCCAGGUGCUAGACGAGUGCUGGAGCUUGACCAGUUUAAGGGACAACAGGGGGAAAAGCAUUUCCGAGACACGAUCGGCCACGGCUCUGACUACUCUCUGAGUGAAGUGCUCUGGGUCUGUGCCAACCUCUUCAGCGACGUCCAGUUCAAGAUGAGUCAUAAGAGGAUCAUGCUGUUCACCAAUGAAGAUGACCCCCAUGGCAAUGACAGUGCCAAAGCCAGCCGUGCCAGGACCAAAGCCAGCGAUCUCCGUGACACUGGGAUCUUCCUUGACUUGAUGCACCUGAAGAAGCGAGAGGGCUUCAAUGUAUCCUUGUUCUACAGAGACAUCAUCAGCACCGCUGAGGAUGAGGACCUCGGGGUUCACUUUGAGGAAUCAAGCAAGCUGGAAGACCUGCUAAGGAAGGUUCGAGCCAAGGAGACCAAAAAGCGGGUGUUGUCCAGGUUAAAGUUUAAGCUCGGUAAAGAUGUAGUCCUCAUGGUGGGCAUUUAUAACUUGGUCCAGAAAGCUAACAAGCCUUUUCCUGUGAGGCUCUAUCGGGAAACAAAUGAACCAGUGAAAACCAAGACAAGGACUUUUAACGUGAACACAGGCAGUCUGCUCCUGCCUAGUGAUACCAAGCGGUCUCUGACUUAUGGGACUCGUCAGAUUGUGCUGGAGAAAGAAGAGACAGAGGAACUGAAGCGGUUUGAUGAGCCAGGUUUGAUUCUCAUGGGCUUUAAGCCCAUGGUGAUGCUGAAGAAGCACCACUACCUGAGGCCCUCUCUGUUCGUGUACCCAGAGGAGUCCCUGGUCAACGGGAGCUCAACCUUGUUCAGCGCUCUGCUCACCAAGUGUGUGGAAAAGGAGGUCAUAGCAGUGUGUAGAUACACAGCCCGAAAGAACGUCUCCCCUUAUUUUGUGGCUUUGGUGCCACAGGAAGAGGAGCUAGAUGAUCAGAAUAUUCAGGUGACUCCAGCAGGCUUCCAGCUUGUCUUCCUCCCUUAUGCCGACGACAAGCGGAAGGUGCCCUUUACCGAGAAGGUGAUGGCCAACCCCGAGCAGAUAGACAAGAUGAAGGCCAUCGUUCAUAAGCUCCGCUUCACAUACAGGAGCGAUAGUUUUGAGAACCCGGUGCUGCAGCAGCACUUCCGGAACCUGGAGGCCCUAGCUUUGGACAUGAUGGAGUCGGAGCAAGUGGUAGAUCUGACACUGCCCAAGGUUGAAGCCAUUAAGAAACGACUGGGCUCCCUGGCAGAUGAGUUUAAAGAACUUGUCUACCCCCCAGGUUAUAAUCCUGAGGGAAAAGCUGCCAAGAGAAAACCAGACGAUGAUGGUUCUGCAAGUAAAAAGCCCAAGGUAGAGUUAUCAGAAGAAGAGCUGAAGGCCCAUCUUGAAAAGGGCACACUGGGCAAGCUCACUGUGCCUACACUGAAGGAUGUCUGCAAGGCUUAUGGGCUUAAGAGUGGACCAAAGAAGCAGGAACUGCUAGAUGCUCUCAUCAGACACUUGAAGAACUAAGCUCACAUGCCCAGCCACUUUCUACAGUGCAGCCAGGCCACCUGCUUGUGUUCUCACCAAGCUGUUGGGUGGUAGCCACAAAGAGCUACCUGACAAAAAAAAUGCAAGAUCUUCACCAUGGAGACUGCCGCCCUCUCACCUCACUGUGCCUUACUCUGUGAAUAAAGAAAGAGCUCUAACUUUA